CUCACAGUGACGUUUUGCAAAGGAAGGAAGUGGCUGCCGGAAGGUGUAGCCAGUGAGCUUCCCCAGGAGGCGCUUUCCGGCGUUUUGCACUGAGCCUCAUGGAUUGGAACUUGCAGUUCUGGCAAAGCGAGGGCAAAACUUUUCCCCAAAGAUUUUAUCACUGGAUAGAUAUUUUAGACCCUUUGCUCUUACUUAAACCCACGAAGGAAAUCGAAAGAUCCAGAGCACUUUUACUAACUAGUGGGCCAGACAUCACAGAGUCCUUACAGAACGAAGAGAUUAAAGCAGCUGGGAAGUUAAGUUUGGGUAUUGUGUGUGUUUGUUUUUCCUUCAAGGCCUCUGUGAAUCCUGUCACUGGCAAUAUAAUUCCUACUAUAUUUCGACCACCAGCUUUCCUGCCAGUUACUGCUCCAUUGGCCUUUAGUAUUAUAUUAUCGCACAAAGGAGCGAAGCAAGCAUUUUGUUGUCAGGCCCUUUUCCACGCGUGUACAGGCGGAUUCAACUUGGCAAAUGGGAGUCUUACAGAAGACACAAAAGAAUUUCCAGUCAAGCAGAUGCUUCUCAGCACAGGGGCAGUUCUGUAUUGUGCAUUCGUGGGAGCUUUACCUCAUUACAUCAUGACUCGCUAUAAAGUGCAGAAUCCUUCUAUGCAACUGUUCCUCAAGAAAAUCUUACCUGGUCCAUUAACAGCCAUUUUGUGUGCAUUUAACGUGCUGGUAAUCAGAGGAAGAGAGUCUGAGAAUGGGAUAGAAAUUAUGGAUAGCAAAGGCAGCAUUGUUGGAGUGUCACAGAAUGCAGGAGAAAAGGCAGUGAGAGAAACAGCAUUAUCAAGAGCACUACUUUUUGGGACAGCAGUAUGUAUUCCAGACGUUGUUCUGGACUAUGUAAAACGCACAAAUGUUUUACGCCGAAAUCUAUUUGUUUUGGGUCCACUGAGAGCUGUUAUGAUGAUUUCAAUCCUUGGACUGAUGAUACCUGUUUCAUUUAGUUGGAUCCCACAAUUAGGAACGAUACAACGAAGUUUAAUUGAGCCACAAAUAAUCUCAUCCACUGAAGAAACAGAAUUCUUUUACAGCAGAGGAAUUUAAUAACUUGUAGGAUGUUUUGUGAUACAUUCAUUUGAAGGUUUUGUUUCUAAGUUUGAAGAAGUAUCUUGGUUAUAUGUGAUAAGCUUGAAUCAGUAUUCUAUACAUUGUCACAGAACUUACAUCAUGUGUGGAAACUUCACCACCCCAACUGGGAGAAAGGAACAUAAAAUCACGAAUGUCUUUUCCAAAGACAGAGGAUUUAAUUUUGUGAUUACUGUAUGUAAUUAUUAAAGCCAAUAGUGAACAACUAA